AUUAAUUAAAUUUUUUAAAAUUAUUGUCGUUGUACUAUUUCUAUUGAACAAAUGAAAUGAUAGCCACGUAAAGAAAAACUAAGUUGUACUAUUUCUAUUGAACAAAUGAAAUGAUAGCCACGUAAAGAAAAACUAAGAUAAGCAAUAGUUUACCACAAUACUACUUUUCUUGUAAACCUUUUCUUAGUCUUCUCAAGCAAGAAACUUUAUGGCAACUAUUGUUGCAGAAGCAUUCCUAUCAGCUUUUGUGGAGGUGUUGUUAGAAAAGACCAUUUCACAUGAGUUCAUGAACUUCUUUAGAUGCAAAAAGCUUGAUGUUUUACUUCUUGAAAAGCUAAAAACAACACUGUUGAGUCUUCAAGCAAUACUAAAUGAUGCUGAAGAGAAACAGAUCACAAACCAUGCUGUCAAAAAUUGGCUAGAUAACUUGAAAGAUGUUGUUGUCUUUGAAGCUGAUGAUUUGUUAGACAAAAUCAACACAGAAGCAUUAAGAUGCAAAAUAAAAGCUGAGUAUCAAGGCCAACAAACAGUAAAAUCUAAGGUGAAGAAUAUAUUUUCUUCUGGUUUAAAAAAAUCUUAUUAUGGAUUGAUAAAUUCUGAAAUGCAAACAUUAUUUGAAAGAUUGGAACACUUUGCACAAAAGGGUCACAUACUAGGAUUGAAAGAAGAUGUUUCAUGUAGAUUUUGGCAUGGAACUCCUACAGGUUCUGUUGUAGAUGAAUCAACUAUUUAUGGAAGAGAUGGUGACAGAAAAAAACUUAAAGAAUUUUUGUUGUUAGAAAAUGAUGGUGAUGGUUGCAAAGAAAUAGGAGUAAUUUCUAUUGUAGGCAUGGGAGGGAUUGGUAAAACAACCCUUGCUAAACUCCUUUACAAUGAUAUUGAAGUAAAAGAGAAGUAUUUGAAAGGAUGGGCAUAUAUCUCAAAAGAUUUUGAUAUUGUUCAGGUCACUAAAACUCUUGUUGAAUCUGUUACUUCAAGAACUAUUGAUACCAAUAACUUGAAGACUCCACAUGCUGAAUUUGUCACCUUAAAAAGAACUGAUACUAGUGACUUGAAUACUCUACAAGUGCAAUUGCAGCAAAGUUUAAGCCAUAAGAAAUUUUUGCUUGUAUUGGAUGAUAUAUGGGAUCGACGCUAUAUCGAUUGGAACAAUCUAAAGGACAUCUUUAAGGCUGGAAAAAUGGGAAUCAUCAUCACAACUCGAGACGAGAGAGUUGCGCUAGCUAUGCAAACCUUUCUUCCAAUCCACUAUUUGACACCUCUAGAAAGUGAUGAGUGUUGGUCUUUACUUGCCAAACAUGCAUUUGGAGGAUGUAAUUUCCGGCAACGGGCCAACCUAGAAGUGAUUGGCAAAGAAAUUGCUAAGAAAUGUGAUGGCUUACCAUUAGCUGCAAUAGCACUUGGUGGUCUUCUUCGCACUAAAUCAUCAGAGGAUGAUCGGAAUAAUGUAUUAAAAAGUAACAUUUGGAGUUUGGAAAAUAUUGAGGUGCAACCAGCUUUGUUAUUGAGCUAUCAUUAUCUCCCGGCUCCAUUAAAACGAUGCUUUGCAUAUUGUUCAAUUUUUCCAAAGAGCUCCAAGUUUGAAAAAAAGAUGGUAGUCAAGUUAUGGAUUGCAGAAGGCUUAGUACAUCAGUCCAAAAGUAAGAAAAAUUGGGAAAAAGUAGGAGAGGAAUACUUUGAUGAACUAGUGUCAAGGUCACUAAUACGUCAACGACGAAUUGAUGAUACGGAAGCAAGCUUUGAAAUGCAUGACCUCAUUAAUGAUUUAGCUACAAUGGUUUCAUCUCCAUAUUGCAUCAAGUUGGACGAAGAGGAAAUACAUGAAAAGGUACGUCAUGUGUCAUACAAUAAAGGCAAAUAUGACUCAUACAAUAAAUUUGAUAAAUUGUAUGGAUUAAAAGGUCUACGUACCUUCUUGGCCUUACCAAUACAAGUAUCACAUUCGUGGUCGCAACCUUGUUGUUCCGUAUCAGACAAGGUAAUGCGUGACUUUUUGCCCACAAUGAAAAAGUUACGUGUUUUGUCUAUGUCAAACUACCGGAACAUCACUGAGUUGCCUGACUCCAUUGGAAAUUUGAUAUACCUACGAUACUUAAAUCUCUCUUACACUGCGAUUGAAAAGUUGCCUUCUGCGACAUGCAAGCUUUACAAUAUGCAAACCUUGUUGUUGACCAAUUGCGCAAAUAUCACUGAAUUGCCUAAGGACAUGGGAAAUUUGGUGAAUCUAUGCCAUCUUGACAUUAGAGGCACUCUAUUGAAAGAGAUGCAUGUAGAAAUUACAAAACUACAAAAUCUUCAAACUUUGUCUAACUUUAUUGUCAACAAACAACAUGAUGGACUGAAGAUUGCACAACUGGGAAAAUUUCCCCAUCUACAAGGGAAUCUUAAUAUUUCAAAGCUACAAAAUGUUAUUGAUCCCUCUGAUGCUUUUCAUUCAAAUUUGAAGACGAAAGAACAAAUUGACCAGUUGGUACUACAAUGGGAUCCUCAAGGCACCACUACUCAAGGUUCACAAAUUCAAAGUUUGGUCAUAGAACAAUUGCGACCCUCAACAAAUUUGAAGAAUCUCCAUAUUUUAGGUUAUGGUGGAACCAACUUCCCAAAAUGGUUGGGAGAUUCAUCCUUUGGAAACAUGGUGAAUAUGAGCAUCGGUGGUUGUAAUCAUUGCACAUUACUGCCACCCCUUGGACAAUUACAUUGUCUGAAAGAACUCUGCAUUUAUUGGAUGGCAUCUAUAACGUAUGUUGGUGCUGAAUUCUAUGGACGUAACUGUCCUUCAUUUCAACCAUUUCCUUCCUUAGAGACUCUAGAAUUUGACGAUAUGCCAGAGUGGGAGGAAUGGAACUUAACUAUAGAGUUUCCUAGUCUAAAACGUCUGUUAGUGGAUAAAUGUCCAAAACUCAAAGGGAACAUACCAAGCACACUUCCAUCCUUAAUUGAACUUGAGUUAAUGGAAUGUGAUAUACUAUUGGAGGCAAGGCAUUCAGGUGAUAAUAGAAACCUUAUUAUAAGGCCAUCAGAUGUAUUUAGCCAUUUGUUGUUUCCUCUCAAUUGCCUCCAAAAAUUGACAUUAGUCCGGUUUCCCUCUUUGACUUCCUUCCCAAGAGACGGUCUACCCAAAACCUUACAAUCUCUAUCUCUAGAUUAUUGUGAGAAUCUUGAAUUCCUCCCUCAUCAAUCCUUGCACAAUUACACAUCACUUGAGCAAUUGUCAAUUGAAUACAGUUGUAACUCAAUGACGUCGUUUACCUUGGGCUCUCUUCCUGUGCUUGAAAAUUUAUAUAUUAAGGGUUGCAAAAAUCUAAAAUCAAUUUCCAUUGCAAAAGAUGCAUCACUGAGUCUCUCAUUGAUUCAAAGUAUCCAAAUACGAUGUUGCAAUGAACUGGAUUCAUUUUCCCCAGGUGGAUUGCCCACUCCUAACCUCAUUCGUUUCGGUGUGCACGAGUGUAACAAGCUUCACUCAUUACCAGAACCAAUGAGCACUCUUAUUGGCCUUCAAGAAUUGAGAGUUUUUAACCUUCCAAAUCUACAACAUUUUGCCAAUGAAGGUUUACCUAUCAAUUUAAGGAAAAUUUCUAUUGGGGGAAUUAUGUGGAAUAUAGAGUUUAGUUUGGAAAAUAUAACAUGUCUUUCUAUGAUUAAAAUGGAAAUGCCAUUACUACCCUCUUCUCUCACGUCGCUACACAUCUACCAACUUGAUUAUAUAGAAUGCUUGGAUGGAAAGUGGCUCCAACAUCUCACCUUUAUCCAAAACCUUCAGAUUUCAUACGCUCCGAAGCUCAAGUCAUUGCCAGAGGAAGGGUUGCCUUCCUCUCUUUCCGUACUGAGUAUUUCUGAUUGUCCAUUGCUUGAAGCAACUUGCCGGACAAAGCAAGGGAAAGAGUGGCGUAAGAUAGCUCAUAUUCCCUGCAUACUUAUCAACAACAAAAUGAUCACAUGAGUGUCUAGGGGCAGGUUUAUCUUACACUGGUUUUAUUUCCAGCAGAAAAGAAGAAACUUCCUCUAUAUGGAAGAGAUAUGGAUGUAAUUGAUGUUGUGAAGUUUGUAGUCAAGCAUGGAAGCAAUGUUCAUCAACUUAUCAUGUAAUAAUACUACUUUUUACAUGUAUUGGAUUAUUAGUAUUGAGAAAAAUGUAAGUCACACGUAGAAUAAAGACUGACAAAAGUUUAUAAAGAGAGGCAUCUCUCACCAUACAAACUGGUUUUGUAAUGAUGAGUUAGAUCUAAUAUAAAAAAUAUAAUAUGGUAUCAAAGCCUAUUGAUUCAGCCCACCUACUAUUUAUAUGGCAUUCACGAACCAAACCUAUUGAUUCGGGCCACCUACUACUUAUAUGGAAUUCAGACACCAAGCCUAAUAAUGCUAGACAUGAGGGGAUGUAUUGGAAAAAAUUGAAGUCUCACAUA